AUGGGCGGCCUGGAUCUGACGGAAGAGGACUAUCAGGAGAUCAAUUGGGAUGAUUUCUCGGAAAAGGAUUGCAAUUGCUCAAUUCUCAUCCAUACCUAUAUUCCGAUGUGCGCCAAAUUGUGCGGCCAAUCGUCAUUAAUGCGCGUCGAUUGGAUGGAGAUUAUGGUGCCGGCGUUACUGUAUUUGGUCGUGUUUUUGGUAGGAACAAUCGGGAAUGCGCUGGUGAUCUUUGUCGUCAAUCGAUUCAAACGGAUGCGAAAUGUGACGAAUGUCUUUCUCGCAUCUCUAUCGACUGCUGAUUUGUGUCUCAUAUGGUUUUGUGUUCCAAUUAUGUUCGUCAAAUACAUGUCGCACGAGUGGUUUAUGGGCCGUUUCGCCUGUUAUUCCGUCCAUUACAUUCAACAAUUCACAUGUUUUUGCUCUGUUCUGACGAUGACCAUGAUUUCUUUCGAAAGAUUUCUAGCCAUCGCCUAUCCGAUGCGAAAUAUGUGGUUAUCGUCGAUUGGGCGGGCGAAAAAGGUAAUUUUGCUAAUAUGGCUCGCCUCGGCUAUAUUGGCAAUUCCAACGGCAAUUCGGAUUGAUUAUCAGGUAAAUAUCAACCAGGGCACGCGGGUCCAUUGGUGUGCCCGAAGAUUCCCUGCGAAUUUCACAUUUUUCGGCCAUAGCCAAGUGGAUUUGAAUAGGUUUUAUGCCAUUUAUCAGAUGCUUGUCCUAAUCGUUCUCCCCGUGGCGACAAUGUCAAUCUGCUAUACCCGUGUCUCUCUGAUCGUCUAUUCCUCCUCAAAAGAUCGCGGGAUCCUCACACACGCUAUGGUGGCAUUCAGCAAGGCAGCCACCGAUGCCGUCACUUUCACCAGCUACAGUAGUAUUCCCAUCGCCAAUUCCAGGACCUUUAAGUUUGCUUCGACAGCAAUCAGCUCCCUGAGCAAUAAAAAGAACAAUCGAAUGGCCGAGGCGAAUAAGAAGCAAAUUGUGCAGAUGUUGAUAUCGAUUGUGGUGAUGUAUACCGUAUGCUGGUUGCCCACUAUUGUGGACGAACUGCUAACCAGCUUCGGCUAUAUCUGCCGUACAUCAAAUACCACUACCCUGAAGCAUAUGAGAAUGGGAUUUAAUGCGCUGACGUAUUGCCAAUCCUGCAUCAACCCAAUCUGCUAUGCCUUUAUUUCGCAGAAUUUCCGAGCGACGUUCAAGACGGCGUAUAUCAGGAUGAAGUAUAGGAUACAGGGCAACGAAGAGCUGCGUUCCCGUAUCGGAUCGUACUCCUCGGCCUCGAUGCUAUCUACUCGAAAUCAUAAUCGCAUUAAUGGAAGCUACAAUACGUUAACAGUACCUGGAAAAUCGAUCAUCACCCCAAAUAUGAGUCGUGAUGUCUCCCAAAUGUCUCUCUGUCGCCCCAGAACCCCUGGAAUCCAAGCUGAUGCUCCGACGAGUUGUGUCGGGUUACGACCCCGAUCCCCCACAGAUGUCUCGAGAGAUUCGGGGCGCCCCCGUUCACCGACAGAUGUAUCGCAAUCAUCGAGGCCUAAGUCUGCUAUGAGGGAGAGUCUCAAAUUCCGCACCCGUUCCCCGACAGAAACCUCACAAUCCUCACUUCCACGUGGACGAUCACCCACUUCCGCUUCUACAAUAACACAAGGAUCAAAAGGGUCGAGGGGAUCUGUUGUUAAGGCUCAUACUGAGGUAACCGCCCUUCUCUCGGUUCCAGAAUCUGGUGGAGGACGUCCGAAAACCCCGGAAAAUGUC